AAUUUAACUUACAUUGUGGUGAGUACAACAUGCACAAUGAGCGCUGGCUAGAUCCAUUUCAUUGAAUGAAAUUGUAAUUACUGGCGAGACUAGAAACUUCAAUUCAUUAAUAGGCGUGUCUGUCGUCACGUAGCCAUUUUUUGUUUUAGAGAACCGUGAAAAUGGUCUGGUUGGAAUCCUGUUGGUCUCCUUGUAUAUGGACAAAUUCUGUCAAAACUGGAAGCUAUGCGGUAGCAGCAUACACUGUAGCAAUAUGUAUAGUUUUAAUAACAAUGACUUCGUAUAUGUUGGCUGGGGGUGAUUCUUCCCAGCUGUAUACACCAUUAUUUGAAACAGAUAUUCGUGACUCAAUGCAAGUGAUAGGAGGAUUAUUUAUUGCCUAUUUCAUAUUACUUAUAUUGUCCUCAUUCGGAAUAUGCUACUCAUUAAAAACUACGACCCGAGGCUGGAUGCUGCCCUGGCUAACAUUAUUUGGCAUAGGCAUAUUAUUCCAAUUAGUGUUUGGUUUAUGGUUGAUUGGAGGCUAUUACAUUUAUCUUCAACAAACGUUUUCCAGCUUAAUCCUUUGGCUGUGGAUGGCUUACAAUAUUUAUUGCUGGAUGUGCGUUUAUUCGCAGUAUCAAAUAUUCGUUGAUAUGCAAUCUCCAAAUAUUGAACUGUUGAUGCCGUGAGCGUUGAUUUUCAAAUAAUAUGAUGUUUUUGUGAAGAGUGACAACUUAAAGUUAACAUGCUUGAGGAUUUUUUUCUUACUGCACUGCACUUUUGCCACUCAAAGGAAAAAAUAAGCAAUUAAGCAAUAUAACAUUCGUACUUUUAAAUUAAAUUAGUAACUUACACUGAUGAACCAUUUGAGCUAUAGAACUGAACAACUCGUACCGUCCAAAACUAUUGCAAUUGCUCUUUUUAUAUAUUUUUAGAACAACAAAUAUAUUAACAAUUUAUACAACUACAUAUAUAGUAAGUUAUGUGUUGAAGACAACUAUAUUCCACUCGAAAUGACAUCAUUUCGCAUCGAAACAAUAAAAUGAAGUUGUUUUAUUCAAACAA